AUGGACGAUUUUCCUAUUUUAGGGGGUCAGGUUGUCCUGGAAACUCCUCCGGAACGACUUAAGAAAAACUCCGAAGCAAAUUCAUACGACUCUUCCAAGCCAGAUUUGCACGACCUAGAGGAACACAAACUCUAUAAGCCCAAGAGUGCCUGGGAACCUACACCGGGCAAGUGCGGCGCGAUUGAGUCGUAUAUUGAUGCCGUUGAGUCAGACAUAGAGAAGCUCCUUUCAAUGCCAGACAAAACUCCCGACAAUUUGAGUAAGGAGGAGAGAUCUGCCAUACAAUCAUUAAAAAAUCGGGAUGACAUUGUAAUUAAGAAAGCAGACAAAGGCUCUACAGUUGUAGUAAUGGAUAAAGAGACUUACAUGGCGGAGGCCCAUAAACAACUCUCAGACGAACGUUUCUAUAAGAAACUGGACUCUGAUCCUACUAAAGAAUUCUCCACCGCCAUUACCAAAACUCUUGACGAUAUGUUUGAGAAAAAUGAGAUUGGUAUCAACGUCUACGAGACCUUAAAUCCUAUUGACUGUAGACCAGGACAUUUCUAUCUGCUUCCUAAAAUACACAAAGAAGGCAUGCCAGGUCGCCCCAUAGUAAGCGCAAUUGGACACCCCACGGAGAAAAUUUCUGAAUUCAUUGAUUUACAUCUCCGUCCACACGUAGAAAGUUUGCCAUCCUACCUUAAGGACACUACGGACUACAUUAACAAGACGCCCUCUACUGGCCUCCCAGAUCAUACCCUCCUCGUGACUAUGGACGUUACAUCUUUGUACACCAAUAUUCCGCACGAUGAGGGUAUCGAAGCCUGUAGAGAAGUCUGGGAUAGUAGAUCCAUACAAGUUCCUUCUACCGAGUCUCUUGCUAAGCUCCUUGAACAU